AUGCCCCGUGAAAAGCAAAAGAGAGGCCGUCGGGCCGAGCAAAAGGCUCAAAAGGAGGAGUCAAAGCGUGAGUACGAUGAUGCCAUCGAGGCACCCUCUGCGAAGCGCAUGAAGCCUUCCAAUGACGCCGACGAGACCGCCGAACCUUCAUUUGCAGAGGGUGCAGACUACAUUUCCCUCGACGUUGGAGAUGAGCAGCAGAAUGUGGAAGAGACUGGCGAUGCGGCUAAUGGCGAUACUCCUUUCUACGGAUUGCUCGAUACCGACGAGCAAGAAUACUUUUCGCGCGCCAACGAGAUGCUCGAAGCAAACCAAUUCCACGACGCCGAAGAGCGAAACCUGUUUAUCGAGAGUGUAUACCAGGAGGCCAAUGGAAAGGAGUUGAAGAUUGCUUGCAGUCAGGGCUGUUCGCGACUCAUGGAAAAGUUGAUCUCCAUGUCAGAUGUUAAGCAGAUUCGUCGAAUCUUUGGCAAAUUUAUCGGUCACUUCCUUCACCUUGUGCAGCACCGAUUUGCGAGUCACUGUUGCGAAACGCUGUUCAUCCACGCCGCGCCGGCCGUUAUGCAAACGACCCCGAAGGCGCACACCAAAAAAUCAGAGGAUGGUGAAGACGAGUCAGAUCUGUCGCUUGCCGACAUGUUCAUGAGCGUUAUUGAGGAGUUGAAGGACAAUUGGGGUUAUCUCUUGACCGAGCGAUUUGCCUCGCACACAAUCCGAGUUCUGUUGCUGGUUCUUGCCGGAGAGCCUGUGGAUGUGACAUCGAAGGAUUCGGUGGUCGCGAGUCGCAAGAAGGAAAGAUUGGGUCUCCCAGCUGCCGGCGCGCAAGAAGAUAAUGAUCCUACACAAAAGCGAAGCGUACCGGAGUCUUUCGAGCCUGCGCUGAAGAAGAUUAUGAGUGACAUGGUUUCUGGGCUGGACGACACAUAUCUUCGGGCUCUGGCUACACAGCCCAUUGGAAACCCCGUUCUCCAGGUGAUGCUCUUCUUGGAGCUCUCUCACUUUGGCAAGUCUAGCGCCAAAGAUCCCAAAUCUAUUCUUCGUCGACUCGUACCCGAUGAGUCGUUCGAGGAGGGCACUGACAGUGCAACUUUCAUCCGUGGCCUGCUAUACGAUCCCGUUGGUUCGCGCCUAGUGGAGACGAUGGUACGAUACAUGCCCGGCAAGGUGUUUAAAAACCUCUACAAGAACAACAUUCGCGAUCGAAUCGGAUCUCUGGCUCGAAACAGUACCGCCGGUUACGUUGUUUUGAGAACAUUGGAAAGACUUGGAAAGGAUGACUUGCAAAGCGCGAUGGAUCUCAUUAUCCCUGAAGUACCGGGCCUAAUCGAGCGAUCCCGUCUUGUUGUCCCCAAGGUGUUGAUCGAGCGUUGCGUGAUCCGGAGCGUCGACACAAAGCCUUUCGCCAAGGCGCUCCAGGAGGCGUACGAUGCGGAUCCCACGGUCCGCCUCCGCCAGAUGCUUCGACUUGACGAAUCCACAGACCAAGCUGCGCAGGAAUCGGGGGAUGAGGAUAUGGAAGAUGCAGACGAGUGGGAUAACAAGCGACGCAAGGCCAAGGCACCGGCUAGUGGCUCAUCCACUUCUGCGGCAGAGAAGCUGCACGGCUCUCUCUUGGCCCAAGCAAUGCUCACCGUUCCGGGCCCUUUGAGCGAGCUGGUGUACUCCAGUCUUCUUGCGCAGUCAUCCGAGACAAUCGUUCAGCUUGCAAAGGAAGCCACGUCUUCUCGCGUCCUGCAACAAGCUUUGACUUUGCCCACCUCUACCGCCCAGUUCCGACGACAGUUCAUCCCCCGCUUCCAGGGCCAUCUCGUCGAACUAGCCCAACACAACAGCGGAUCUCACGUUGUGGACGCCCUUUGGCCCGCAUCCAAGGAUGUGUUCUUCGUUAAGGAGCGCAUGGCCCAAGAGCUCGCACAAAACGAAAUGACUCUUCGCGAUUCUUUCUUGGGCCGUGCUGUAUGGCGGAAUUGGUCGAUGGAUCUCUACAAGCGCCGCCGGGGCGAGUGGUCUGCUCGUGCCAAGGGAAUUGAGCGAGAGCCCGCGAGCUCUGAGGCCAGUGGAGAACGGCCCAAGUCGAAGUUGGAGUUGGCCCGCGAGCGAUAUGCUGCUAAAGAGGCCGCCGCUGCCGCUGCGAAGGCUUGA